CUCCGACUGACAGUAACUCAAGAAAUGUAAACAAACAUCAUAAUUAGCUGCUUCACAGAACGUGCCUUUUACUGCACCAAAAGCUAAAAAUGUUUAAUAGAUAAUCUACAAAUCUACAAAUUAUUCUUCCCCUAGUGAUGGCGGCAAAGUGUAAUUUAUUUGCUUUUAGCCUUAAACCGAAGAAGAAAACUCCACCGGAACUCUCGCAAACACUGCCACUGCCGGUGCCGGUUGAUGGCGAGCCCUUGCCGAUAGAAGCCAUCUUUACGGGAUACACAAUUGAUGUCGUAAAUCCCGUCGAUAUACGGCUGCUAUGCUUAAAUGGAGGUUUCGGGCAGGGCAUGUUGUCUCGCGCAUUCCCGGUUUGCAUGACAAACGCGCGAGACGCGACACGCAAAAGGAAACGGCAUCUGCCCGCAUCGACGCAAGACCCGAGUGCUGGGAUGAUCGAGGAACCGCUCUGCUUAUUUUUAGAGGAAGCCUUCUUCCUGAUGCAUGUGUUGAACAUUUUGUGCCUUAAAGACACGCGCGGGAACACGAUCAGCGUUGCGCAGGCAUUUGCAAAGUUCCGGACAGUGAAGCGCAACUUCCUGGCAUGCUACUGUGCUUAUUUGUAUCUGAAGUCGAAAAAUUGGAUCAUUAAAAGUGGAAUCAAGUUUGGAGGAGAUUUUGUGAUUUACGUAAAAGGACCACAGUUUUAUCAUGCGUCCUACAUCGUACUAAUACAGGAAGUGUUCGAUGGCGCAGAUAUGCAAUCUUCCGCAGUCGAUGGAUUAGAUUUUCAAGGAUUUAAUCGUAUCGCGGAAACCACCGGAAAGGAUUUACUGUUCCUAGAGGUGCACUAUCCCUCCGCUCUUGAUCUGUCGGACGAUGCGGCCUGUUUGGAGCGGGUAAAAGACGUUCACGUUGCCGAAACGUUUACCAAGCAUCAUAAUUAUCUAGCAGCACGCAAUCAUGCUUAACAUGGAAUCUAUGUCUCAUGAAGCAAUCCCACAAAUCAUCCUAAAUUGUACACGGAAUCUUCUUAGUUGCAUCCAGUGAUGUAACGUCGGGAAAGUACCUUCUUACCCGGCGUGGUACUCAAUAGGACACGUGUAUUUAGCUUAGAUUGGUAUCUUCUGCACCACGGAUUUAGGU